AUGCCUUCCAAGAGCGCUGUUGCAGCGGCCAAGGCCAAGCGCGCUGCCAAGCCUGCGCCCGUUCCAGCAGCGACGGAGCCCACAUCCGACCUCGAAGGCGGCUCGGCCUCGGAUACAGGGUCAGCAGAGGGCAGUGGCGAAAGCGAUCUCGAAGACGACAAUGAGCAAGCGGAUGGGAGCGAUGACGACGGCGAAGACGAUGACGCUCAGGAGGACGGGGACUCUUCGGUCGCAGGCUCCGAGAACCAAGACAGCGAGGAGGCCGCCGAGGCUGACGACAACGGAGAUGCGAGCGAAGGCGAAGGCGAGGGCGACAAAGACGAAGACGAAGAUGAAGACGGCGCGGAAGACGGCAGCGACGAAGACGACGGCGGCGAUGCGGAGGACGACGAACCAGCGGCCAAGAAGACGUUCCGCGAGCUCGGGGUCCACUCGCAGCUGUGCGAGGCCUGCGAAAAGAUGGGGUUCAAGUACGCCACCCCGAUCCAGAGCAAGGCCAUUCCGGAGGCUCUCACCGGCCGCGAUGUCAUCGGACUGGCCCAGACGGGCAGCGGAAAGACGGCCGCCUUCAGCAUCCCCAUCCUCCAGGCGCUGUGGGACAACCCCAAGCCGCUCUUCGCAUGCGUGCUGGCGCCCACGCGCGAGCUGGCCUACCAGAUCACGCAGCAGAUCGAGGCCCUCGGCUCGACAAUAGGCGCGCGCUGCGCCACCAUUGUCGGAGGCAUGGACAUGAUGUCGCAGGCCAUCGCCCUCUCGAAGCGGCCCCACGUUGUCGUUGCCACCCCGGGCCGUCUGCAGGACCACCUGGAAAACACAAAGGGCUUUAGCCUUCGCAACCUCCAGUACCUGGUCAUGGACGAGGCCGACCGGCUGCUCGACAUGGACUUUGGGCCUGUCAUUGACAAGCUGCUGCAGGCGAUCCCGCGGGAGCGCAGGACGAUGCUUUUCAGCGCCACGAUGACGACCAAGGUGGCCAAGCUGCAGCGCGCCAGUCUCAAGAACCCGGUGCGGGUCGAGGUCGACACCAAGUACACGACCGUCUCGACGCUCAAGCAGUACUACCUCUUUAUGCCGUUUGCGCACAAGGACACCUACCUCGUCCACCUGGCCAACGAGCAGGCGGGCCAGUCGGUGAUUGUCUUUACGCGGACGGUGCACGAUGCGCAGCGCCUGUCGAUCCUGCUGCGCCUGCUCGGCUUCCCCGCCAUCCCGCUGCACGGCCAGCUGUCGCAGUCGGCGCGCCUGGGUGCGCUGAGCAAGUUCAAGUCGGGCGGCCGCUCGAUCCUGAUCGCCACUGACGUGGCGUCGCGUGGUCUCGACAUCCCCGCCGUGGACCUGGUGGUCAACUACGACAUCCCGACGCACUCCAAGGACUACAUCCACCGAGUCGGACGAACGGCGCGUGCGGGUCGCUCGGGGCGCUCGGUGACGCUGGUGACGCAGUACGACGUGGAGCUGCUGCAGCGGAUUGAGGCGGUGACGGGCGAGAAGAUGCAGGAGUUCCCGGGGGGCAGCGACAAGGAGGCGGUGAUGCUGCUGAGCGAGCGGGUGUCGGAGGCGCAGCGGGCUGCGGUGAGGGAGCUCAAGGAGAAGGGGCUGGGCGGCAACCGCGCGGCUGGCAAGAAGAAGCGGAGGCGCGGCGAGACCGACGACGACGCCAUGGACCGCGACGACGACGAGGUUCAGGCGGGCAUGCCGCGCGGCGGUGGCGGUGGUCGUGGUCGUGGCGGCGGCAGGGGUGGCAGGGGCGGUGGAAGGGGCGGCUCGAAGCGGGGCCGUCGUUGA